UUUUGGGGAGAUAGAGGGACCCACCGUCCACCCUGCGCUCUGUGGAUUAACAGCACACAUUCAAGUUUACAUUUCCUUCAUUGUUUUUCUCAUUUAAAUUUGAGUUUUCAUCUCACUGCCUGAACUAAACAAACCUUAGUGGGAAAGUUCUUUGGGCUCUCAACCGUUGCGUUCAAGCAGCCUCCAAAGUUCUUCAACAUCAUGGGGAUCAAAGCUGCUCUUCCCAAGUAUGAGAUCUACUUCUACAGCACUGUGCUGUGUCUGGCCAUGUUCUGGGCAGCCAGCUGGAUCUUUGAAGUGUCAAGCUCCAAUGUAAACAGAAAGGUGUUUAAAACCAGUGUGAAACCAGGAUACUUUGGGAGAAAAAUGGACACUGCAGACUUUGAAUGGAUGAUGUGGUUUUCCACCUUCAGAGAGCACAUCCUGUUUGCCCUUUCUGGUCACGUGCUCUUCGCCAAAAUCUGCUCCAUGCUGGCUCCUCAGUACAGGUCCUUGGUUUACAUGGUGUAUGGUCUGCUGGCUGUAUGGACCAGCAUGGGUUGGACCUACGUCUCCCUGAUGCUGUCUCACUGCAUCCUGCUCUACAGCAUCUCCUUAGUGAAAAUACGCUGGCUCUGCUUUGUCGCUGGUUUCUGCAUCCUUGCCACGUUCAAGUGUGAACCCUUCAUCUCCUGGCAGGCAGGUUUUGUGGAAGGAGACUUUGAACUGCGACACAUCCUCUUCUACAGUGGCUGUGGGUUCACGAUCAUGCGCUGCAUGAGUUUUGCUUUGGAAAACUGUGAAAGGAAAGAUGGGAACUACAACAUCCUAGAGCUGCUCAAGUACAACUUUUACCUCCCUUUCUUCUACUUUGGACCCAUCAUGACAUUUGAUACAUUUUAUGAGCAAGUCAAUAAGUCUGACCUGACCAGAAAAGAAAGGGAGUUGUGGAACAUCAGCCUGCAGGGUCUGAUCCAUCUGGGAGUCAUCAUCGUAGUGGAUGUCCUUUUCCACUUCAUGUACAUCCUUACCAUCCCCAGUGACAUAAAGCUCCUGAAACAUCUCUCCGACUGGUCUCUGGUGGGUCUGGCCUAUGUCAACCUGGUCUAUGAUUGGGUAAAAGCAGCUGUCAUGUUCGGAGUCAUCAACACAGUGUCUAGACUGGAUCACCUGGACCCGCCCAAACCACCAAAGUGCAUCACCAUGCUCUAUGUAUUCUCUGAAACGCAUUUUGACAGAGGAAUCAAUGAGUGGUUGUGCAAGUAUGUUUAUAAUUACCUUGGUGGAAAGCAUGAGAAUGUGGUGGAGGAGCUGGUGGCUACACUUUGCACUUUUGGCGUCACCAUCCUCUGGUUGGGUCCCUGCGAGAUAGUCCUGUUCUGGGCUUUCUUCAACUGUUUUGGUCUUAACUUUGAGCUGUGGACCAUUAAAGUGUUUUCCAUGGAGCCAUUUGCAUCCUUUGAGACGGCAAUGUCAGAGGCAAUGUCCCGCCGCAUAAGAGCAAUCUUCAACACGUUCAACUUCUGGUGUAUUGUGCUGUACAACCUUAUGGCUCUGAAUAGUUUGGAUUUUGUCAAGUUGGUCGCCAAACGGCUGCUUCUCAAAGGCUUCCCCAUAACUACCAUCAUCGUCAUGUUUGUGACCUACUGCCUAAUUCAAGUGAUCAAGGAGCAAGAGAGGAGACAGGCCCUCGUCGAUGACCCUGAUCCACUUCCACCUGCUCCCCCUCUUAAUGCCGCCACUGCCACCAGUCCUCCCACUGCUGCUCCACAGGCUGUUGCUGAUCCCAGCAAAGAAAAAGCAGAGUAGAAAUCUGACAUUCAGCUAAAAUGGUUCAGAGACAAACAAACCAUAGUCGAGAGUGUUGGAAGCUUCAUUAUGUCCUUAUUAGCUUUUAUAUUAUAAAUUUGUAAUGAAUUUAGGAAGCCACAGGCUGUAAAUAAGAUUGAUGGUAUUCAUACCUAAAGAAUUAUUCACAGUUAAUUAAAAACAUUUAUGCUAUGAUUAAAAAAGCACAGACUUACCUGACAAUCAUCAUUACAUCAUUAUACGAAAAACAUGGCAUGUAGCUGUAAGUCUACGUAAAGAGGUUUUAUUUUUUUUCUUAGAAUGAGUACUAGUUAAUAAAAAUCUUUUUAAAUCCACAUAAACCAUAUUUAUUAGACCUUAUUGAUGAAAACAAUUUAACAGUUGUGACAUCGAAGGCUUUUACUGGCCUUUAAAAUGAUAUAUAUUUUAAAAGGUUGUUUUUCAGCAUGUUUUGAUGCUGCUGACAUCUCCACAAUCCUUUCAUAGAAAAAGCUAUUGACUAAAUGAAUUUUGUACCAACAUCCCUCAGUCCUAUUGAUAUAAUCACCCUGAGUUUGUAACUGCUUUGUCGCGGUUUUUCUAUUGUAGAAAUAGUGAGUAAAGGUGGUUCUCAUGAUAGA